AUGCUUACGAAAAGGCUAAUACGACAGUUACCUAGAAAAUAUUCCACGAUCCUGUUUACUCCCAAUGAGAAUAAACAUAUCUUUGAGUCAGAAAAGCUAAGUCCAAGGGAGAAUUAUGAUGCUGUACCAAACAAGCCAGAUUUUUCUACCAUCGAUAAAGUUCAUCACGAAAUAGUGAACCCGGAAGAUGUUGCCGAUUUAGUAACAAAAUUGAAUACUAACGAUGUGUUGAUUUCCAUAUUAUCCAAGUGUAAGCAUCUAUAUGGUGAUAAGGACUAUAUCAUCAGAAAUGUCAACGGUCUGAAUGAAUCGCCAGUCGUGUUUCCAUAUUCCAGUAUACUUCUUAGUUGGAAAGAAGUGUAUAACAAGCAAAUCAAAAAUUUGAAAGAGAUUGAACCGGUCAAUCAUAGUUUUCCCAAAGUAGAUGACAAAUACUUAAACCUUUUGAAAAACACAUCAUUGGAGGGAUUCUUCCACAAAUCAAGGGCCAUCAAAAAUUCUACUUCGAUUAAGAAGGGUACGGUGCAACCAUCAGAAAUUAAAAGUCUAUUCACGGUCGAGUCAGCUUCCAAUGUGGUUUUGAGUACUAUUGACAGUUCUGCGGCUCUCGAAGAAUACUUGUCGUUAAUUACAUCAAAGGUGCAGUUUUUCACAUUUCAGGGUUUAAAAGAAAUGCUAACUCUGGUAACAUUGUUGUGUGACCAGUUCCCUGUGGAUGGGUCUUUUUUGGACCAAUUGGUGUCUACUAUUAUUGAGAUGCACCCAAGAAUGUCACGACAAUUGGAACAUGUCACUAAAGAUAGAUUAGCUUACGCAAUAGUCAACACUAAUAGAGAGUUUGCAACGGCUCUAAUCAAAAACCUCAUUGAAGAAUCCAUUUGUCCAUCGGAAGAAACAGUUGACAAAUACUUUGAAAGCUACAAGUUCACCGAUCCAGUGACUACUUUGCAAGAAUUAUCUUUUUUAAGGCCAGCAGUUCAUCACCGCAAGAUGAGAGAUCACGCAUUCAACCUCAUCAUUCAAACUGUAAGCAAUGUCAAUGAGUUGAUAAAACUAGUUACAUUAUUACAAAAGACCCCAACUUUACUCGAAGAUAGGCAAUAUGAAUUAUACUCCAAAUUGCGUCAGUUGACAACAUCAGAAUUAGUCACAACGCAGUUCUUGCGAUUUUUAACAAAAAACAAUGUAAAAUUGAAUACAGAACUAAGGGAGAGAGUUAUUAGUGACUACAAUAAUGAUCCAGAUGUCAUAACUGCUAUCAACAAGCUACCUUAA